CUCUGCGGCAGUCACUUGAGCAUUUUGUGUUUUCCUCUCUUAAUGGAAGGGAGCAAAAAAAGGUUUGCAGCAUACCACUGAACAAAACAGGAACUGACCACAGAGGAGAACCUGAUGCAGACUUACAGACUGUUGGGAUCCUGUGACAUUGAUCACCAAGGUAAAUGUGAUGAUGAUCAGAAACUGCAUCCGUGAGAGAGUAAAACAGUAUUUCUGAGUUUGAAACCUUAUUUUGUUACAGCAGUCAAAGCGUUCUGAACUGCUUCCUGCCUCCGUACUGGCUCAUUUUUCUUUUCUUUCCAAGCUGAAAAGCCAAAGAAGGUUUUCAAAGGAAUGCAAAAGGAACAGGAGCUUUAAAAGCAGGAAGCUGAAAGGAGAUCACCGUAAGAUGAAUUUCACCCGGCACCGGGGGACACUCCAGCCUCUCCAUUUCUGGAACCACAGCUACAGACUGCAGGGAGGCACCAGCGAGCCCCAUGCAAAGGGCUACUCCUUGGGAGGCUGCUAUGAGCAACUCUUUGUGUCCCCUGAGGUGUUUGUGACUCUGGGCAUCAUCAGCUUGAUGGAGAACAUCUUGGUCAUUGUGGCAAUAGCCAAGAACAAGAACCUCCAUUCGCCCAUGUACUUCUUCAUCUGUAGUUUGGCAGUGGCUGAUAUGCUAGUGAGUGUAUCUAAUGGAUCAGAAACUAUUGUCAUCACGCUGCUAAACAAUACAGACACAGAUGCUCAGAGCUUUACCAUAAACAUUGACAAUGUCAUUGACUCAGUUAUUUGCAGCUCCUUGCUUGCAUCAAUUUGCAGCCUCCUCUCAAUAGCAGUGGACAGGUACUUUACUAUCUUUUACGCCCUCCAGUACCAUAAUAUCAUGACAGUGAAGCGUGUAGGGGUCAUUAUCACAUGCAUCUGGGCUGCUUGCACAGUCUCAGGCAUUUUGUUCAUCAUUUACUCUGAUAGCAGUGUUGUCAUCAUCUGCCUUAUUAGCAUGUUCUUCACUAUGCUCAUUCUCAUGGCAUCCCUCUAUGUCCACAUGUUUAUGAUGGCUCGCAUGCAUAUCAAAAAGAUUGCUGUUCUCCCAGGGACUGGCCCCAUUCACCAAGGGGCCAACAUGAAAGGGGCCAUCACUCUCACCAUCCUGAUUGGGGUUUUUGUUGUGUGCUGGGCUCCGUUUUUCCUUCACCUUAUUUUCUACAUCUCCUGCCCCUACAACCCUUACUGUGUGUGCUUCAUGUCUCACUUUAACUUCUACCUCAUCCUCAUCAUGUGCAAUUCCAUCAUUGAUCCACUUAUCUAUGCAUUCCGGAGUCAGGAGCUCAGGAAAACCUUCAAGGAGAUUAUAUGCUGCUGUACCCUGAGAGGGCUUUGUGAUUUGCCUGGCAAAUAUUAA